AUGGGGUGCUGUGCACCACGCGCAGAGGAGGCUCUGUGUGUAUGCGUGACUGUCAACUCAAGCACAAGUUCGAGGCGUCCGGCAGAAGACAUCCACGACGUGAAAUAUCCUUUGUCGGCCUGCAGUAUGCUGUUGGAUUGCUGCGGUUAG